UCCUUCUGCAUUUGCAGCUUGUACCAUCAAAUCGGGAGGGGAGAUCAUCCGUUACCAUUUUAAAAAAUAAUCUACCAAAACAAAGUGGCAGUUUAAACAAAUAUUUAAAGUUUAUCUGUCAGGUUUUAUUUCGAAGGAAAUUCUUUCAUACUUUGUUUUUCUUUCCUCACCCAUAGACGGGUAGUUGGGUUCGUGCCGCGCAUGCGCCACCAUGGGUUUGAACCUGCGCGGGUAAAAUAAAAAAUGGCGCGAGCCUCAAAAAAAGAAAAAUAAGAUUAUCAAAGAGAGGAAUAUUCAGACAACAGGAUUCACAAUACUGGUAUUUUAGGAGAGUGGAACGUAUCUAGACACGGUUCUUCGGUGGGGGGUGAAUGACUGCCUGAUCUGCUGAGUACUUCUGUUUUAACUCCUUGCCUCAAGGGUUCUGUGCUUGGUCAAAGAUGGAGGAUGUUGAGUCACGAUUCACACAUCUCCUUCAGCCCAUUAGAGAGUUGACAAAGAACUGGGAGAUUGAUGUGGCAUCUCAGCUGGGGGAAUAUCUAGAAGAGUUGGACCAGAUCUGCAUUUCCUUCGAUGAUGGGAAGACAACAAUGAACUUUGCAGAAGCUGCACUUUUGAUCCAAGGCUCGGCAUGUAUUUACAGCAGGAAGGUGGAAUAUCUGCAUUCUCUGGUGUUCCAGGCGCUGGACCUGAUCUCCAACAAGAAACGGAAUCAAAAAGCUACAUCCAUUGCUGCGGAUGGUACAGAUAAUGAUGUGUCUUUGGCCAAUGACAAGGAUUGGGAAUUUUUGUCUCUUGAUGAUAUUGAGUGUCCAUCAAAAAUCAACAUUGAUUUGCAGGAGGGUCACAGUUCAAAUGUUGUGAACAUCAUCCCAUUAACACCGAUGGCACUGGUACCGCUAGAAGAAAUUGAGAAAAAGAACAACCCUCUCUUGAGCCGGAGAGGAGAGAUCCUUGGCAGCCGCAAGGAUUUCCGAAUGAAUACUUGUACCCCUCAUGCCACAGGUGCAUUCAUGUUAGAGUUGGCCAGUGUGUCACCGAUGAGCUAUCUGCACAGGCAACAGCAAGGCAACACGAAAUACAAUAGGAAUGACUUGCAGAAUGUUCAAAAGGACAUAGGCAUGGAUAACAGUGACAGUCAAACUCCAGUUCCAGUAUUGAACUUCUUGGAAGAAGGGGGAAUCGAUGAUGACGUUGGUGAUGCUGAUGGCAGUUUUGUUCCACUUUACGCAGAGGGUGAUUUGGUUCAGGAGCACAUUACAAAACAGACGGCUGAGGCUGGAAAUCAGGGUUACGUCCUGCGUAAGAGGGAUCCAGCAGUGCCUGGCAAAAUGCACACAAAGGAAGUGCUCAACCCUUGGAGGAGCCUGGAUCCUUUUGAAGCUGCUCAAGACAAGCCAUUCAAGAAAGGAAUACAUUUUAUUAUCCCAGCGCGUGUUGAUAUCACUGGAGGCAAACGAAAACGGAAAACCUUUGUAAAACAGAAAGAUUUUGGGAAAUGGUUCUCUGAGAUAUAUUACGGUGGAUGGAGUGAGACAAAAAAUCGGAAAAGAGGCCCAACGUUUGCAGAUUUGGAGGUUCUGUACUGGCAAUACAUGAAAGACAGACUCCAAGCUCAAAGGAAACAUCAGCAAAUGAUGAUUGCUCUGCGUGGGAGGGUAAUAGAGGAGUUAGAUGUAGAAGCAGGAAACAUGGAAGAAGAAUUAAAUGACUUACAAGAACAAGCUGAAGACCAUCUGGAUAACGACGGAGUGGAAGAUGAUUAUGACAUUAAUUUGGAUCAAGAAGCUGAUGCAGCUCAGGACAACCACAACCCCCCAAAUCUGGAACCUUUUGGAGAAACGGGAUCUGUGAGUUAUGAGGAGCUUGUCAGAAGGAAUGUGGACCUGUUUAUCGCUAAUUCCCAGAAGUAUGCCCAGGAAACAGCUCUCUCUCUUCGUGUAAGGGACUGGGAGGAGAAAAUUGGCCCAAGACUGGAAGAACAGGAUGAGCGAGCUGUUUUUGACAUCCACGAUUAUGGAGUUAGAAUUAUGGAUGCAUUUGACUGUAUCAGACAGAGGCGUUCAUUUGCAAGCAUUGUGGCUGGGAAGGAGGCUUUUGAGGUGUGUCGAUAUAUGCUGGCCACACUGCAACUGGCCAAUGACUACACGGUGGACAUAUGGCAGAAAGAAGGGCUGUUUGAAUCAGUCGACACGAUGGAACUCACCCUUUUGACCAAACUAAGAGCUCACGAACGUUUCCGGACAUACAUGGCUCCAUCUAUUUCAAAUAAAUGAGAAAAUUCACAGACCUUCACUCAACUUGUAUAGUCCUCAUGCUGCAAGUUUGACAUUACAUCCAUUGUUUAUGGCACAUUUGGAGGAACUGUAUCCAUAUUCCUUGCUGUAUGACAGCAAGCAUCUGGAACACUGGACGUAUGUUCUUCAUGUUUCAGUGGAAUGCACCACUUGCCUAAACCCUGACCAAAACAAUUCCUGGAUUGUGAUCAUUCUCUAUUUAUACUUCUAUAUUUGCUGUGUUCUGUACAGCUACUAUCCUAGGCUGUUUUGAUUAUAUAAUGUGCCUUGUGUCACAGCAUGAGGUGCAAUUUACUGGCUGCAUCCUGUGCAGUAUUUUUAUACAAACUCAUGACUUUCUGAUAGAAGGAAAUAUAUUCACAAUGAGCUAGCUAUCAUUUUCAAUGCUUGUUGAAAGGCUUAUCCAGAUUUGCAAAGUAGAAAAUCUCUUCAAUUAAGUGCUCUAUCAAACCUGGUGGCAGGUGUGACAUUUGUAAAGUUAGGGCUUGUCCAUUUAUGUUUGGGUGAGGUUCUUGUGCAAUAUUUCCCUCACACCAGCUCACAUGGCUUUAAGAAAAAGAAAACUUUGAUUUUGUAUUUUUUAAAAAUCCAAUUUUUAAAAAAACAUUCCUCCUCCCUGGUCCCACCUUCCUGAACGGGAAAGUGAGAAUCCAGAAAUGUGCCUGAAUUGGAAUUCAAUUGGAUGGUAAUAAAUUAUGCUGUGUUCUGAGGAAUAAUAGUGUGUGCUAUCAGGAGCAGGUUAUCACAAAUCUGUACUAAGUGGAAUUUAAAAAAAUGUACAAAUUUAAAUUUUGUAGAAGUACUGCAGUAAACUUGGAACUCAGUCACACUGUUUAAAACGUUUUCAUCGAUUUGGGAUUGGAAGAUCUGUGAAAAUGGGAAUGAUUUGCCCAUUUGAUAUUGCAUACCAUUAAACAUAGAAGUGGACUUUUUGCCCCUUCGAGUUUGCUCUGUCAUUCUUUCAUGGCCGAUCUGAUAACCUUCAUCUCCAUUCUCCUGCCUUUUCCCCAUAACUUUGAUUCCCUUAUGGAUAAAGAAUCUAUCUCAGCCUUGAAUAUUCUUAAUGACUCAGCCUCAAAACACACCUCUGUGAUAAAGAUUUACACAGAAGCAGAGCCUUUUGAGUGAAGAAAUUUCUCCUCAUCAUUUUCUUAAAUGUAUGACCCCUUAUUCUACAAUUACGCUCUCUGGUCCUAGACUGUCCCACAGUGGAAAUAACCUUUUUUGCAUCUACCCUGUUAAGCUCCCCAGGAAUCUUGUAUGUAUUAAUAAGGUAGACUAUCAUUCUUCUAAACCCCAAUGUGCACAGGCCCAACCUACUCAACCUCUUCUCAUAAAACAAUCCCACCAUACU